AUGCUGCAGUCUAUGCCACCCAGCCGACCAAUCACUGAACGGCAACGGGCCAAGUCUGCGAGGCGGCGUGCUGGUCCCGCAGCUGCACCGUCUCGCCCGGCUGCGUCCGAGUCGCUGCCACCUCUCGCUGCGAUUCGUCCGUCUAUCAAUAUCUCGCCUCUUCGGCGAGUGCAUCGGCAACCGGCCCAUCCAAUAGACGCCCCCGCAUGGCCGGCCGCCGAUCGACCGUCCAUUGUCGUUUCGCCUCUCCGUCGACGCAAUCCCGUUCUUCCACCGCCUCCGCCUUUUCCCUCAGAGGCGCUAUGGCCACCUCCGGACCGACCGACAAUCGCGAUCACCCCGCUGCGUCGACGCAACGCGGGGAACCAACCAGCGUCCCCAGACCAGCACAGUGCGACUCCAUCUGUUUCCACAGAGAGGGCGUCACCUCCUCCCAACCGCCCGACCAUCACCGUCCACCCCCUCCGACGACGAAACAUAGAGAAUCCGCCUAUCCCGGGCCCUAGCUCAAGCGGUUCAAAUCCGCCUCUCGUCCCCGACGAUCUUUGGCCCCCUCCGGACCGACCACACAUUGCCAUCGCGCCUCUGCCUCGACGGAACGCAGUGGCUGCACAGCCCGACGCAGUGCCUGCACAGCCAAUGCGUCGGAGGCGGCGUCGAGCACCACUGCGCGCACCGACUCCAAUGGCUUUGCCGCAACGUGGACCCAUGGCAAUCGAUCCCGCCCUUGCCCGCCGGCUCAAACGCGGAUGCAACCUGGAACGCCUCCUCUCGCUUCGCCCUCGCAAGCCGCGUCGUUUCAUGGCUCAGCUGAGCGACGGCGCCUGGAUUCAAGGCCUUACAUUCAGUGCGACAGGCCAAGGUGUAUGGAUUAUGGAGAGCACCGCCUUUGAGGACGGUCCACCCCAGCAAAACCAAGGGCCGAUUGCAACCGUCAACGGCGUCGAGCAGUAUGAGUUCGAGGCAAUCGUCAGUCAUGGAUACGUAGGUACUUCGCUUCUUUAUGAGAUUCGAUGGACGGGUUGGGACGACACGACAUGGGAGCCGUCUGAAAACUUUGACAAUACCGAAGCGGCAUCCGACUAUUGGAACGGAAGAGGUGGGCCAGCGUGA